ACAUCGAACGUGUCGGUUCUGGCGCGGAAGACUUCGACGGAACGCGCACAAUACAAAAUAUACGUUUUCUUGAUACGAGUCGCGGCCAUAAAACUAUACCAAAAAGCUAACGAAAAAAGGAAAGUGAAGUUUUACUACAAAUACUCCAGCUCAAGAUAAACAAAUAUACUUAACUACACCAGUCAGUUAUAAGACUUUGCUGCGUGAUUGAGGAAUCCAAAGAUAAAAUCUUAAAUUCAAAACAAGAUUUAAUGCGUUUUGCGCUCGUGUCGUAAUGUAGCAGCAGUCGUAAGCCAAGUUAGUAACAGCAUUUUAGCCAAGCCGCCGCAAUAUCUUAAAGUGAAAGAUGCCGCAGUGCAGGGCUCAUCUGGCCAUUUGCUGCCUGGCGCUGUUUGUGUUCGGGCUACACUUGCUGCCACGCCUAGCCGAUGGCAAAGAACAACGGGAACACUUGGCAGGCGAGUCGCAUGCUAAGCAGCAGCAUCGCAGCCACCCAAACGGUGGGUCUAAGCGCUACUCACGUGACUCGAAUGCCCCUCGCGAGCGACGGCCAAACAUCAUCCUCAUCCUGACCGACGAUCAGGACGUUGAGUUGGGCUCGCUCAAUUUCAUGCCACGCACCUUGCGGCUGCUGCGCGAUGGAGGCGCCGAGUUCCGCCACGCCUACACAACCACUCCCAUGUGCUGCCCGGCGCGAUCGUCGCUGCUGACGGGCAUGUAUGUGCACAACCAUAUGGUGUUCACGAACAACGACAACUGCUCGAGUCCACAGUGGCAGGCGACGCACGAGACGCGCUCCUAUGCGACCUACCUGUCCAACGCAGGCUAUCGCACCGGCUACUUUGGCAAGUAUCUGAACAAGUACAACGGUUCCUAUAUACCGCCUGGUUGGCGCGAGUGGGGCGGCUUGAUCAUGAACUCCAAGUACUACAACUACAGCAUCAAUCUGAAUGGGCAAAAGAUCAAGCACGGCUUUGACUAUGCCAAGGACUACUAUCCCGAUUUGAUAGCCAACGACUCCAUUGCCUUCCUGCGCUCCUCCAAGCAGCAAAACCAAAGAAAGCCCGUGCUGCUCACCAUGAGCUUCCCGGCCCCACAUGGCCCCGAGGACUCUGCGCCGCAAUACAGCCAUCUCUUCCACAAUGUGACUACGCAUCACACGCCCAGCUACGAUCAUGCACCCAAUCCCGAUAAGCAGUGGAUCUUGAGGGUCACCGAGCCCAUGCAGCCGGUGCACAUGCGCUUCACAAAUGUCCUGAUGACCAAGCGCCUGCAGACACUCCAAAGCGUCGAUGUGGCCGUGGAACGAGUCUACAAUGAGCUGAAGGCUCUGGGUGAGCUGGACAACACGUACAUUGUCUAUACCUCGGAUCAUGGAUAUCACCUUGGCCAAUUUGGCUUGAUCAAGGGCAAGAGUUUCCCCUUCGAGUUCGACGUGCGUGUGCCCUUCCUCAUACGGGGCCCAGGAAUUCAGGCGUCCAAGGUUGUAAACGAAAUUGUGCUGAAUGUAGAUCUGGCGCCCACAUUCUUGGACAUGGGCGGGGUGCCGACACCACAGCACAUGGAUGGUCGCAGUAUUCUUCCGCUGCUGCUCAGUCGCAAUCGGAUUGUGCGCGACACCUGGCCAGACAGCUUCCUCAUUGAGAGUUCAGGCCGUCGGGAGACGGCAGAGCAGAUAGCCGAAUCCCGGGCGCGAUUGCUGGCGGAUCGGCACAGCAUGAAGCUAGUCAAUAGCACGCUGCUGGAGGAUUUACUGGGCAGCGACAACAACAGCAGCAGCACCAGCAGCAGCAGCACGGUAGCUACCUUGCUGAGCUCCGUGGUAACCACAACGGAACAGGAAGAGUUUGAAGAGGAUCUUGACACCGACACUGAAGACGAAGAUGGAGAUGAUGCAAUGGACAGCUCUGCGGCUGCAGUGGACGAUGAGGAUCUGGUGGAUGCCGGUGCCGAAGACGACGACGAUGAUGAACUUGAAGAACAGGAACUGCUGCAGCAGCAGGACAACAAUCUGCCAAUAGCUCCCUACAUCACAAAAAUGAUGCGACUGAACUCCGAGUGCUCCGAUCCGGCGCUGCUUAAGAACUGCCUGCCAGGCCAAAAGUGGAAAUGCGUGAAUGAGGAGGGACGCUGGCGUAAGCACAAGUGCAAGUUCCACCUGCAACUUGAGCACCAGCUAGCGGCGAUGCCCCGCAAGCAAUACCAACGAAAUUGUGCCUGUUUCACCUCGAAUGGAUUGGUCUACACCAAGAUUCGAGCGCCGACUUCAUCCCUGCACUCCCAUCGCCUGCACAAGCGCACCCAAAUGCAGCACCACCAGCAUCAUCAGCACCUCGGAAAGAGGCGCCACAAACGGCAAGUCGAUCGGGAAGUCUAUCACUCAGAGAUGCCUUACGAGAUGGAAGAACUGCUGGACUUAAGCCAGGCAGUCGAUCUGCUUUCCGAACACAAGAGCAGAAGCAAACGGGCAGCAUCCACUGGUCAAAGCCUAACAGCGAACAGCUCGAACUCCAAUUCCAAUGCAAAUGAAGCUAUUGCUGUGGUCAUACAGCAAAUCCAGACCACUUUGGAAACGUUGGAGCACAAGUUUAAUGAGCAUGAACUGCACAAUCGCAGCACAGCUCCUCUGGGACGAGGAGACAAAUUUUCGAAGGGCGGGACCCGCUGCUAUGUGGAGGAGAGCACGGACAAGGUCAAUUGCUCGGAUGUCAUCUACGAUGAUGAGAAGACCUGGCGCACCUCUCGAAACCAAAUCGAUAUGCUCAUCAAGCUGCUAAAGGACAAGAUCAGUACACUGAAGGACAUGAAGAAGCAGAUGCGAGAGAGCAAGCAACAAGCGGCAGCGGCUGGCAGACGAGGCGAGGGCCGGCGGCGCAACGAUCCAGCAGGCGGUGCUCAGGAAGCAGCCGGUCCCGAGUUCAACAUGAGUUACUUUAGUGACAUCGGGAGCACGCCACGCUCUGUAUUACCGUCAAAUGUGUACAGCGGUGGCCAAAAGGAUAUCAUUCGCGGUAUUGGAGGCGCUGCUGCCUACGAUUUCCUGGAUCAAUCCCAGACACCACAUUAUGCAUCGCGCGCAGAGUGCUACUGCGAGCCAGAUGCGGGCGAGAGCUACGCGGACUCCAAGGAAAUGGCACGCGAGGCACGACGUAAGCUCAAGGAGGAGCGACAGCGCAAGAAGGAACGCAAGCGCAUCAAGAAAGCGCGUCUGGAGAAAGAGUGUCUGUCGGAGAAGAUGAACUGCUUCUCCCAUGACAAUCAGCACUGGCGCACAGCGCCCUUCUGGAACGAUAGCCCCUUCUGCUUCUGCAUGAAUGCCAACAACAACACCUAUUCCUGUCUGCGCACCAUCAAUGCCACUCACGAUUUUCUCUACUGUGAAUUUACUACGGGAUUGAUAACCUUUUAUAAUCUAACAAUCGAUCGCUUUGAAACACAGAAUCAGGCUUCCAGUCUGACGCCUGCUGAGAGAUCGCAUAUGCAUGACACGCUGGAUCGCCUGAAGGGCUGCCGUGGCCGCAACUGCAGCAUACGCAGACAGCUGCCGCACCUGGGCAUGGCAGCAGCCAGCCUACCCACCGCCACCAAUCACGUGCAGCGCAACAACAAACGCAAGCAUAACCCUUUGUCGGCCAGCGUGGGCAACUUUGGCUUUGUGGGCAGCCGGCUGGACAUGGACGUGGUGCCACCUGCCAAGCGGCGCAAACUCUCCAAAUAUCACAGAUGGACCAACUCGCAGAACACGCAUCUUAAGCGACGCCCCUGGAAGCAACAAUCGCACAGAUACUUGCCCCAGCCGCCGGUGCCCGCUGUGGCUGCCUGAGCAGCCUUGCCAUUGCCAUUGCCAUUAUCAUUAUAUUCACCCAGUGCCCAGUGAGCACAUAUGUACAUCCUAGCUUGCCAAAUCCAUUCGGCGCACUGCUCCGGUCUGCAUGUAUGAAUAGAUAGCUGUGGAAUGCGCUCUGGAAUAUUCUUCAGUUUUUCAUUUUAAGUAAAUAAGACUGUGUUUUUUUGUAUUCAACUUACAUUUAGUUCUAUAUCUCUUACACUUUGCAACUGUGUCUCCUUCUCUGCUUCUUUGGCUUCAGCACGCAAUAUAAACGAAAGGUAGUUAGCAUUAAGUGAUUUAAUUUGUAUAUAAAUUUAGGACGAGAGAGUGAAAAUAUUUACACACUACAUAAAUUAUUUAGCGCAAUUGGUUUUACAAUUAAAUUAUAUAGUAGACGAGUACACUUAGCCAAGAAAUCAAUUUACCAUAGAGCUCAUAUUUACACGCACAUCUGUAGCAUUUGUAUUUAUUGGAAACGCUACGCAAAUAACGAACUGUUAUUGUUUUUUAAUGCAAAAUCUGCGACAAUGGCUACUUGUUGCCGUUGUGCCCUACUGUUUAAGUCAACUUGUUUUAGCAGGCCUCGCGCCCAUGAACAAAUAUUGUAGCUGCUAUAGCAACCCUAACUAAUAUCGUCUAUUUAACAAACUUAAUCUAACACAAUAAAAAUACAUAUGUAAAAAUC